AACUUCUUUCUUAUCUCCGAUUCUGAGUGUAGGGUUAAAAUUUCUUCUCUUUACGGUUGCUCUUCUGCGGCAGAUCUGCGAAGAAAGAAAGCAUAGAGGCGAUGGCCGCUCGUUUCGGGCUCCUCCCCGCUCUCCUUCUGGCCUUCUGCCUCCUCUUCCCUUCCGCCACCCUGGCCUCCUCCUUCGAGUACUGCAACAAGGGAGCUGACUAUGCAGUUAAUGUCAGUGGUGUUGACAUAUCUCCAUAUCCAAUUGAACGGGGCGAGCUAACUACAUUCACUAUCUCAGCAUAUACUGGGGAUGUCAUUUCUGAAGGAAAAUUGGUGAUUGAUGUCAAGUAUAUAUGGUUUCAUGUUUACCAGGAAACUCAUGACCUUUGCAGUGAGACAUCAUGCCCAGUCUCGGCCGGUGCAUUCGAGCUAUCCCAUAAACAGACACUACCUAUGGUUACACCACCAGGUUGGUACACACUUACAAUGACGAUGAUGGGAGAAGAUGGGAAGCCACUGACAUGUAUCAACUUUGAUUUCAGCAUCGGAUUCAUGUCAUCUGUCGCAGAUAGCUGAAUGGGGUCUAAAUAUAGUUUUCAAUAGUAUAAUAUGUCAUGCUUAGCCUGUGGUUCUGACGUCACAGAACUGGAUAGAUUUUAAGAACCAUAUGAUAUCCAUGUUGUAUGAAUGCAAUCGACAUUAGUAUGAAUGUUGCACAUUACAAAGGGAAUAUGAAUCAAACGGUUUAGAUGUGAAUAAUUCUUCCAUCAGUAGUUCUUCUGUUCAAUGAAGGCACGCAAAGGUGUUGAA